AUGGCGUCGUCGUACCGCGUGCCGGGCAGCGACCACGAGCACGUGCUCCUAGAGCAGCGCCUCCCACUGGGGGCUGACGUCGGCUGCACGAGCCAAGGGGGCCAGUGCGUGGACUGGCGCAACUACAAGUGCACGGCUGGGGUCGCCACGGGUCUCUGCAACGGGGACGCCAAUCGCCGCUGCUGCCUGGCGUGCAGCUCCACCUGUCUUUCCAACGAGCAGAGCUGGUCGCAGAGCGACGGUGGCUGCACGGGCAGUGGUGGCACGUGCCAGAUCAACAGCAACUACUGCGCUGGCUACUACGCCAGCGGCAAGUGCGGGGGCCCCUCCAACCGGCAGUGCUGCCUCAAGAGCAGCGGCAACUGGGCCACGAUCUGCGCCGGUCAGUCGUCCAACAGGGUGAGAGGCUGCGACAGUAAAGGAUGCGGCCACUAUGGCGCCCCGAGGGGCGACCGUCAGCACAUGGGAGCGGACGUGGUCUGCAAUGACGGCUCGGUGGUUUACUCUCCCUUCACGGGGACCCUGCAAGGCCAGGCCAAGCCGUACGGGGAUGGUAGUGCCAUCGAUGAUGGAGUGAAGCUCUCUGGCUCCGGUUACUGCAUCAUGAUGUUCUACCUCCGUCCCGACAGCUACACGGGCUCCGUCACCAAAGGCCAGCGCAUUGGCUACCUGCUAAACAUGCAGUCUGUUUACCCCGGGAUCACGUCUCACGUGCACGUCCAGAUGUGCGACAAAAGUGACCCCACGCCGUUUCUGUGAGCAGGCGCUCGGUCCCCGCGGUGCCGAACUUUUGCCCGCUGUUCCAUUUGCCAGCCCCAAUAAUUAGCACGCUGCCAGCGCCGCAGAGAUCUGUUCACGCGAGUCCCAUGCUAGAACGAAAUGUCGUACAAGAAUCUUUAACAUAGAACUCGAAUGCUGAGAGGCCCUAAUGACAUGUCCAUUUCAAAUCGAUGAAUCAACAGCACUCAAAUCCUGGGCUCCAAUUGAGAUUUUAGAAGAUUCUCAUCAGCAGCGCAUUUUGUUUCCUAAACACGAUCACCAAUGAACAAUAAAAUACAUUUUAAAGAUGUAGUUUUUGUGUCCAAUUUGGCUGAACCUCACUCUAAGAUGGGCAGAAUCAUGAAGCGUUGCUGAAGAAAGAACGGUAUGGAGGUCACAUGAGAACCUGUUGGGGCAACAUUGAGUAAAGGCUUCCCAUGUCCAGCCACGGUCAUUAUGAACACCACGUGAGGCUCUAGUGGCGUGCGGGUUGCAGGACGGAAACGCGUCUUGUUCUGUGUUAAGGUGCCCGCAGCACAAAGUUACUCUAUGCCGCACUGUUACGGUGAAAUGAAAGAGACUUUGAUUUGUCAAGUCACAAUGCAACGAACAACCUGCGCGUUUUUAUCAUUCUGUCAAGUCCCUCCAAGACCUGAUGCAAAAUGUAGAAGAACAUUCUCAAACACAGUUUAAAAUAUGAAUAAAUUUAAACCUACAAUAUUGUUUUACCGAUAUAAGUUGAUUGUAUUCUCAUGUGCAUUACACGAUGAUUCCAAUGUUUACCCCUCUCUGAAUGAUUGUGAUUCGCAAAUCUGUACCUGUAAACAUUACACAAUAAAACAUAUUUGACUGGCA